UAGGUCAUUCACCCGUUGACCAAAAGCUUUUGUUCUUUCCCCUCGCAGGACAAACCCGCAGUUUCCUUGAAUUUUCUUCUUGUUCCGACCUUUCCAUAUCGAAAUGCAAGACAGUACUGGAGUUUAGUAUUUGGGUCGCCCUCUGCUGCAACUUCGGGCCUGUUCACAUCCCACCAUAAGAACGAGAUUUGCUUGCUGACUACUUGGGCGACACCCAUCUACACCCCUCUUGCUCUGUUCAUGGCGUCGAUGGCGGUUCGUCUGAGAAAGCUCGCUCCUUUUGGUGCUCCAAGUUCGGUCCCCCUCCUCCUUUCGAAGACGAAGCACGAGGAAAAAUUGAAUCUUUUUUCUGCGUUCGCUAUGGGAAACAUUCAGAGUUUGUCCACAUGUUCAGUUGAUGCAAGUUCCAGAGGUGGUGAUGGACCAAGUUACCGGGAAUUUCAGAGAUGGCCAAACGGAGGUGGAACUUUCCAUGAGUCUGCUUGCAUUGAUCCAACUGCACUCAUUGAAGUGGGUGCUGUUGUACAUCCAAAAGCAGUGCUGGGUGCACAUGUACAUGUCGGAUCAGGAACAGUUAUUGGACCCGCUGUUACAGUUGGCCAGUCAACGAAUAUUGGGUACAAUGUUUCACUGGGUAAUUGCACUGUUGGUGGAUCAUGCAUAAUCCACAAUGGAGUAUGUGUCGGUCAAGAUGGAUUUGGAUUUCUUGUGGAUGAGUCUGGAAACAUGUUGAAGAAGCCUCAAAUGCUGAUUGCUAGGAUAGGGGAUCAUGUGGAGAUUGGUGCAAAUACGUGUAUUGAUAGAGGCAGUUGGAGAGAUACGGUCAUUGGGGAUUGGUCAAAGAUAGAUAAUUUAGUUCAGAUUGGCCACAAUGCAGUUAUUGGGAAAAGUUGCAUACUCUGUGGUCAAGUUGGAAUUGCCGGUUCAGCAACUUUAGGAGAUUAUGUGACUCUAGGUGGAAGGGCAGCUGUUCGGGAUCAUGUGUCUAUUACAUCAAAGGUGCGUCUAGCUGCAAACAGCUGUGUCAUCAGGGACAUAAAAGAGCCAGGGGAUUAUGGCGGCUUCCCGGCUGUGCCAAUAGGUAUCUGGAGAAGACAAGUUGUUUCCCGUGGUUGGUCUUGAAGGAGAGGUGUUCCAUGAAGUUGCUAAUGAUAUAAGAUUCCAGUCGUUUUAACAUCGUCCUCCUGAUGUGGAAAUAUCAUGUGAAGGCGGGUCUGCUCUGUCCCACCACCAGCCCAAAAAGGAAGACGUUCCUGGAGCAUUGUUUAUCAUAUUGUCUUGUUAGGAACAUAUUCUUUCUUUUGUGGCGAAAUUGGUCAGGUAUGAAACUUCCUGAUUGUAGGUCCGCAUGUCCCGCUAGUUGCUUUAGUACUGAAUCAAGUUUUCAAGCUUUAGUGGCCAAUGCUUAUUUUCAUU